CUGGCGGCGGGGCCGGGCCGGGCCUCCCCGAUCGCGGAGCCGCCGUGCAGUGUGGUUGAGUCACUGAACGUCGGGAGGUGCCAGGUGAGCCCGCAGGGCAGAGAAGCACAGAUGCAGGUUUGAGGAGUGGCACCGCCUGAGACCGCGCACUUCGCACUUCCGAAGCCUGCGCCUCCACGCUGGUGCAGGGGCUGCGUGACGCUGCGUGCAGGGGUUACAGGACGACACACUCAGUAGGCCCGCGUCAGAUGCAUCCAUUCGCUGCCGGACAAGAUGGAAGAGGCAGCACUGGGGUGUUCUAACGCUUCCCCUGAGAAACGCUAUUUUCCUGAGUCCCUGGACUCCAGUGAUGGGGAAGAGGAGGGGGUCCUGGCCUGCGAGGACCUGGAGCUCAACCCCUUUGACGGUUUGCCGUAUUCAUCGCGCUACUAUAAACUUCUGAAAGAGAGGGAGGAGCUUCCAAUAUGGAAAGAAAAGUACUCCUUUAUGGAGAACCUGCUGCAAAACCAAGUUGUCAUCAUUUCUGGAGAUGCUAAAUGCGGCAAGAGCUCUCAGGUGCCUCAGUGGUGCGCCGAGUACUGCCUCUCCGUCCACUACCAGCACGGGGGCGUGGUGUGCACGCAGGUCCACAAGCAGACUGCGGUCCAGCUCGCCCUGCGGGUCGCAGAUGAGAUGGACGUUAACAUUGGCCACGAGGUUGGCUACGUGAUCCCCUUUGAGAACUGCUGUACCAGCGAGACCAUCCUGAGGUACUGCACCGACGACAUGCUGCAGCGGGAGAUGAUGUCCAACCCCUUCCUGGGCAGCUAUGGGGUGGUCAUCCUGGACGACGUGCAGGAGCGGAGCAUGGCCACCGACGUCCUGCUGGGGCUCCUCAAGGACGUGCUGCUCGCCAGGCCAGAGCUGAAGCUCAUCAUCAGCUCCUCCCCGCACCUGGUCGGCAAGCUCAGCUCUUACUAUGGAAAUGUGCCUCUCAUUGAGGUGCGGCACGGGCACCCCGUGGAGGUGGUACACCUCAGCGGGGCCCAGAAGGAGCCCCUGGAGUCCGUUCCGCGCCUCAUCCUUGAAAUCCACCGCUCGGGGGAGCCAGGCGACAUAGUCAUCUUUCUGGCCUGCGAACAAGACAUUGAGAAGGCCUAUGAAGUUGUCUGCCAGGAGGGCGCUCACGUAAACCCGGAUGCUGGGGAGCUGGUGGUGAUCCCCCUGUACCCCAGAGAGAAGUGCACCCUGUUCAGGACCCAGGAUGACGCGGAGAAGCAGUGGCAGGCUUCCCCGCGGAGGGUGGUGCUGACGGCCAGCUCCGGGGAGGCGCUCAUCUGGAGCAAGACGGUCAGAUUCGUCAUCGACGUGGGCGUGGAGAGAAGAAAGGUGUACAACCCGCGGAUCAGAGCCAACUCCUUGGUCCUGCAGCCCAUCAGCCAGAGCCAAGCGGAGACCCGCAAGCAGAUUCUCGGGUCCUCGGCUUCAGGAAAACUCUUCUGCCUGUAUUCUGAGGAAUUUGCCUCCAAAGACAUGCAGCCCCUUAAGCCGGCGGAAGUGCAGGAAGCCAACCUCACCAGCAUGGUGCUGUUCAUGAAGAGGAUUGACAUCGCGGGCCUCGGCCACUGUGACUUCAUGAACAGGCCAGCCCCAGAAAGCUUGAUGCAGGCUUUGGAAGACCUGGAUUACCUGGCAGCACUGGACAACGAUGGGAAUCUCUCUGAGUUUGGAAUCAUCAUGUCAGAGUUUCCUCUUGAUCCACAACUCUCAAAGUCCAUCUUAGCAUCCUGUGAAUUUGACUGUGUGGACGAAAUGCUGACGAUCGCCGCCAUGGUGACAGCGCCAAGCUGCUUUCUGCGCCUGCCGCCGGGCGCCGAGGAGGCUGCCUUGACUUGCUGGAAGACGUUCUUACAUCCUGAAGGAGACCACUUCACCCUUAUCAACAUUUACAAGGCCUACCAAGACACGACGCUGAACUCCACCAGUGAGCACUGUGUGGAAAAGUGGUGCCACGACUGCUUCCUCAGCUGCUCUGCCCUCAGGAUGGCAGACACUAUCCGAGCAGAACUCCUAGAAAUCAUCAGGCGGAUCGAGCUUCCCUAUGCAGAACCCGCUUUCGGCUCAGAGGAGAACACCCUGAACGUCAAGAAGGCGCUGCUGUCGGGCCACUUCCUACAGAUCGCUCGGGAUGUUGACGGCUCGGGGAACUACCUGAUGCUGACACACAAGCAGGUGGCCCAGCUGCACCCUCUAUCCGGCUACUCCCUCACCAAGAAGAUGCCCGAGUGGGUGCUCUUCCACAGAUUCAGCAUAUCUGAGAACAACUACAUCAGGGUCACCUCAGAAAUCUCUCCUGAACUAUUCAUACAGCUGGCACCACAGUACUAUUUCAGCAACCUGCCUCCCAGUGAAAGUAAGGACAUCCUCCAGCAGGCCAUGGAUCACCUCUCAGCCCUCUCAGCCAUGAGCACAGAGCAGAAGGCAGGCGAGCAGGGCCCCGAAGCCGCCGAGCAGAGAUGCGUCCUCCAGUGACCUCGCCCUCCGCGGGCCCAUGUGCAAUAAGCACCCGGGCCGCCUCGCGAGGGGUCCUGGAGUGACGUGCAGGCACCGUGGAGGGGGGCGGCAACCCUUAGGGGUCUCUGAAAAAUAACGCUUGUAUAGUAUUUAAAGAUAAGAAAUAGAAGUUUUUAUUGAGUUCUUUAAAUUACUAUUCAUGUUUUUCUUUUUAUUGGAAAAGUUUUUAAACAUUCAUAAUUCGAACAAAAUGAAAAUAUUUUGUACUGUGUCACAGACACGGGUGACAGACCCUACAUUUUGUAGAGGACCUUAAUCUGAAUAAAGUCAUGAGUUUUCCAGUAAGAUCUUCAGUCUUCCGGUUACUUCACAAAUGCAAGCCCCCCACCCAGCAGGAAACGGUCAGACAGACAGGUAGUCCCUCAGCUUCUCCAUGACCGCACCCAUCCUGUCGCUGGGGACCAGCAUCACUGUCCGCAAGGGCUUCAUCGGCACGUCGUCAAAGGACCACCGGCCUCCCAGGCGCGUGUCGCUCUCCUCUUGCACCGAGUAGCUGAACUUCAGGGCUGCCUUCUAAACCCAACCGAGAGCCAUGAAUUAAAGACCAAACUCAUUUCUUCUGUAACAAAGAACACUAAGUUGCUUAAAGAAUGACGGCUAAAGGAAGCAAAACGCAGUAUGUGCUCAAAAGGGACGUUUAGGCAGAAAUUCUAAAAACCACCAAGCAGAAAUUACAAUUUUGAGCUACAGGAAUGGCGAGAAGUGGCCUGUUCCUAAAAGGGGCUCGAGAGCCAAGUGCCGCUCCCCAGCUCACGUGCUGACGCACUAAGGCUGCACAGCCACUCCUAGCCUGCUCUCACCCGAUUCGCCACGUAAUCUUGUGACAGACAAGUUAAGGCUUGGCGCAUCUGACAAUAAAAAGCAUGGUCUGUGUCCACUGUCCCGGCUGCUUCCUUGGCAUAAAGCUCCUUGGUGAGACAGGAAAGACUGCAGAGCCAGGCCGUCUUAACUCCCUCGUACACGCUCCUGAAAUGGUCCCUGACAAGCUGAGGCGUAAGCUGUAAAAAUGUGAUUUUCACUCUUUGCUUCCUGAAAGACUCCAACAGAGGUCUUGAAAGUAGUAGGUGAUAUCAUCCAAUCCAAGAAAAUAUCUUCCCUCCUCAGAUGUAAGAUCGCGAGAGAAAGGCAGUAUGAGAAAGAAUAUCCUGGUGUUUGGCCAUCACAGCACAAGCACCUUUCUAGGAGGAGUCACCACAGGCAUCACCCAGAACUAAAGGCAUGAAGUGGUGCUGGCAGCAGCAUGGGGACCACACGCGGGACACCCGGGGGUGGGGGGGAGUGACGAACCCACCAAGAACCUACUAUGUGAAGGCGCUGUGGGAGGAUUUUGACACUAAUGGAAGAGCAAUAAUUCCUGAUUAUUGCCCAAAAAAUCCCUUGUUAUAGCUGACAGAGGAAGCGGAGGGCUCACCUCGUAGAAGAAUUCUUCCUCCGCGUUUGCAAACAUCAGCCCUUCUUUGUCCUGGCUGUUCCCCUUCUGUUUGGAGUUUUUUCCCGCUUCCACAAAGGUCUUGCUAAUCAGCAGGUAGAAGUGGCACUUCCCACAGGGCUUGUUGGUCUUCUGUGCCUCUGCUAUUUCUUUUCUACAAAGCAAGCGUAGGGGGUUUACCCAGUGGCCAGGCGAGUCCAUCCAAACCAGAGCCCGGAGCAAACCAGACCCGCGAGGCCACAGGGGUCACAACACAGCUUAAGGCACAGACUUCAGGGCGGACACGCGGAACGAGGAGUCUGGUUUAUGCGGUCUCAGCACCUUCUGCUGCGUUUUAAUAGUGAACACUAUGAUGAACCAGACACGUGCCGAGUGUGGACUCCUGCAACUAAGAGAUGCGUCUCAGUCUCACUCAGGACCCUGGCCCAGAAGUUAACAACUGGUGCAAGAACCUGCAUUCUGAAAGCAAGGAACACUGAAGUGAAACACACAAAGGCACGUGGCCACAGCCAAAUGGCAUUAGGGCGCAGGCCUGCUACAGGCCACAGCCACUGGAGUCGGGGCCACUGGUGACUACUGAGAAACAGCAGGGCAAGACAGGGACACCUCAAAUUCCCCAACAGUCCUGGGGACGGCAACGAAGCCUUAGUUUUCUUACUAGAAAUCAUACAUGACUUGUGCAGCUGAACAAAGACAUAAGGAGCCCAGAACACCCCAAUUCAGCAGAUCUCUUUCCUGGGAAUCCAAAUAAGCUCCAGCUGGCCAGGAACAAGACAAGGCAAGACCAAAAACACCGACGGCACUGCCAGCACAGUACGCGGAGCAGCCGGGGGCUGCGGGAGAAUGACAGUAAAACUAAAAGUGAAUCCAUAAAAGAAACGUGGAAAACCUAGCAGAGCGCAGGGACGGGCCCACACACCAUCUCAGGGGCACCCACACUAAACACAUGUUGCAAUCCUCAAGGAACGACGUUCUGUAAGCCCAGGGGACCCGUCUUUAUUUUCUUCCUCUACUUCAAAGCACAGGCAGUGCCAGGCCUCAGCUCUUCUUGCACCUCAGAUUUAAGGCUAUACCUGCGGCAGCAACUUCUCAAAGGGUGAAAACCUUUGUCCUAAUGAGGGAUUAAGAAAUGUCUAUGAAGCGUCUCUUUUUAUACCAGUUAAUCUUUAAGACUGCAGCUGUGGGCACAACGCCCCUAACAAGCUGAUCAUUAAGGAUGGGCACACCCAGGAUGCCGCUGAGGCCGCGGGAACGCUGUCCACACUAGCAUUUCAUUUAAACCACACUCUACGUCCACUUGGGGAUGGUGCUGAAAGGCGACCCCGGCCCCUUACUGCAGCUGCUGGUGCAUGGGCAGGGCGACCUGCGGGGGCACGUUGAUGAACCGCUCGCUCAGCAGGAAGCCCACAGGCUUGGUGGUGUCCUUUAAAAGCUUCUCCAGCUGCUCAACCAUGCUCUUCCCACAGUUCUUCUCACAGCAGCUCAGAAUCAACUCUUUAAUCUGCUCCGCACACUGGGUACCCUAGCAAGCAGAGAGGAGGCUUUUUAUCACAGGCCAUCUCUUCGGGGAGAGCACCUGAACGCGAGGGCAGGCACGUUCAUCUUACAGGUAAGGGCAGUUUCCUGCCAGAGCCUUUAAAAUCUCAGCUGUCUUGAGCGGCGUGGGCUUCAGCAGCUCUCGAAAGCAGCUCAGCGGUCAUUGGCUGCCCAUGCCCAGCACGCGAGGGUUAUAGCAAACACUCAGACACACCAAUAUAAGUGGUCAAGUCCAUCAUAAAGAUGGAGGGGAGUAAAUGGAAAGUUCUCUGAGGUCAAAGGGCAGCCCACCUUGUGUUUUGAGGAGGAUUCACAGCUGCUUUUUAUUUUUUAUUAGAACUCGUCAGUGAGACAACAAAGACGAAAACACUAUUCAAAGUCAGGAAGCGCCCUCAGCUUCAGGAGACAACAAAGCCUCAGAGCCCCCACGUGGUCAGAGGCAGGGGCCUGCACACUGGGCCCGGCGCCCACCCAGCUGCAGCCCCUGGAAGCCGGCACUGGCUGUCAGAGCCGUGGGCUGCACAGCCCACUCACCGCCUCUGACACCUUCAUCUGGCUGGGGCGCCCACACAACCUCACAGGGCACACGUCCCCACGACGAACAUCACCGCGAGAAGCAGUCUCAUCCGAUGAGACACACGGGUGUGGGCUAAGGAACAAGCACCCAGAGGCCGCCCAGCGAGACCCACCUUUCUCUCCGUUAAAUUGAAGAGACUGAUAAAGCCAAAAAUCUCGUCUUCGUCCAUCUCGUCAUCACUGUCUUCUGAAACACUUGUUUGCUAUUUUUAAAAAUAAAAGAAGUUCAACUUUAUAUUUGGUUGGGAAGAAGCGUAACACCAAGUCUGGUCAUCUAAGCCUCAUUUUUCGUCUUACUUUUCAAAACCCAGCUUUCUGUCUCCUCACCUCAGGGAACAUCCCACAGGACACCGCGCGGCCUUGCUCUCACCCGUGCCUCCCUCUGACCUGCUCCCGUGCACAGGCUGGACAGCUCGUGUUGUUCUAUGUUUCUUUUCUUUUUUUUUUUUUUUUUUUUAAAGAUUUAUUUAUUUAUGCAAGCACCGGGUACGGUCAGAAGCGCGGGAGGGUGAGAGAAUUCACCAGAGCCAGAGCAGGGAACAGAACACGCAGACUGAUGAAGUACACUGCUGAGGGGAGCAGCAGGCGGCAGGAGGGGUCUGCGCGCCAUGUAGGACCCUCGCAGGUGGUGGGGGAUCGAACCAGUGCUGCAGAGGCUGCGGGCAGCUUCGCAACCCAGCGCUCAACCGCUGCGCCACCGGGGAGGCCCUGUUCUACAUUUCUUAAUGCAAGACCCGCGGACGCUUUUCCUACGCAGAGCGGCCCACGUGGGGAGGAGCCGGGCAGCACUGACGUACUCACUGGCCAGUCACAGGAGCGAGCUGGCUUGAAGCGGCACCCCAGCCCGCCCACCUCCCCGACUCCUGGGACACGAGGAGAGCGAGCCACUCUCCCUGCACGCCGUGCACACGCACGACCGGAGACGGCCGACCGGAGACGGCCGCUGCUCUCCUAAGAAUCUAUGACGCGGGGCGGCGAGGGGCGCAGCGACAACAGCCGAGAGCUCCAGCUGACGGCCGAGGAUCCCCUCUUCCCCUGUCUGCAGGGCGCCACCCACUGCACGGCCUCGGCCCUCUCUACUCGCUCCGCCGAGUCUCCUUUGCAAGCUCCACCAUUCACCUUCCCCGUCCAGGCCAUGCGGUUACCACAGUGUCGGGCCCUGCCCUGCCCGGGCGCCUUCAGUCCUGCCUAUGAGUCCUGCCUUUGCCUAUGCCUAAUCCGGGAACACACCCACUCCCUGCGGGGUCUCGCUGGCCGCGUCACAGGCAAGGCUGCCAUCCUGGUUGCCCACGCCAGGUAGCGGGAGUCACCUGACCUCUUUUCCCUCUCCCGCAGACCCAACCCCUCGCCAGGCACUACCCCAUUUCAGCCUCCAGAUGACUCUGAUUUUGCCACUUCUCUCCUCGCCCACCGCCACUCCUGGGGCCACGACCCCCAGCACCUGGAGAACUGCAGUGGUUUUCGAGCCAGUCUCCCGUUCCCAGCAAUACUUCCUUCCAACUUUAGCUCCUGACCUGCUUGCUAAAAACCAGGAGCAACUCAGUAGGACAAAGAACUAAUUUAAUCAGGAUAAACACCCGUCACCCUCACCUUAAUCACACUCCCAAUGUGGUUCUGCUGAAUUAAGAGAUCUGUUAGCUCUGCAGUGUUCACAGGAGCCUUUAGGAAAAGCUAAGAGAAGGAAGAAAAUAUUUCAAAUUCAAAUCAAAGCAUGAUAAAAAAAAAAAAAUUUCCACAUUCAAAUAAAAACAAGGCGAUAGCAAUGACCUGACUGGGAAAAUGCCCGACAAGUACAACCCCCGGGCGAAAGGGAAGGCCCAGGAGAGCCAGAGAAGCUGAAGGCACCGAGGCCGAGAGGCGGCGCUCAGUGGGGAGACAGGAGGGCCAGGAGGGGAAGCAGACGGACUCGAGGCCAGAGGGUCUGGGGACGAGAGCACUGGAGGCUGGUGAGGGUGGGGCACCAGGAGCCCUACUUGGUUCUGUAAAGGAAUAAGCAGAAGCAAAGCAUGGAUUUUAUAGCACCAAAUGUGACUUACACGUAAGAAUAAUUCAACCCUAAAAAGUGUAGCUGAGAGUUAGAGAAAGCCAGACACGCAGCUCAAGUCGUCAGCAGAUGAAAAGGGUGGGGUUCAGCACCCCAGCAAGGGUCUGGGAGUGGAGGCACAGAGCAGGGCUAGCCCUGGAGGGGAGCAGCAAUGCCUGGAGGGAGCGGGCGGGAGG